AUGCUGCCUUACCUGUUCCCUGAGCUGUCCACCUUUGCUACAGUCGCCGAUCUCAUCACCCACCUUCGCACUAGUGACGCUCGCCUGCGUGCCGCCCUUCCCACCGAGUUCUGUGCUAAGAACCCCCCUCCACUGUACUGGACGCUCCAUUUCAUAGUCACCCGUCUCCCUGACACCCUCAGCUCAGUCCGAGACUACUUCCUUGCCCGCUGUCCCACUGAGCUCACAGUCGCCCUCCUAGAGGAGAAGCUGCUAGCAGCCGAGAAGAGCAUUGUAGCUGUAGGUGCUGCUCGUGGCGCUCCUCGCACCCCCAUCUUUGAGGGGUGUUCUCCCUCUCCCCUCGCUCCCUCCUACGCUACUGCUGCUGCUGUUGACCUCCUUGGUGCUGAGUCUGCUGGCGCUGCUUCUGCUCCUGGUGGGAGGCGCCGCACCGGCAAGGGCAAGGGGGGCAAGGGUGGCGGGGGUGGCGCUGGGGGGGGAGGGGGUGGGGGAGGUGGGGGGGGAGGCGGUGCUGGAGGGAGCGGUGGCGGGAGUGCUGGUGGGAGUGGAGGCAGCGGUGGGGGCGGGGGCGGCGGCGGGAGUGGUGGCAGCGGUGGCGGCGGUGGCAGCGGCGGUGGCAGUGGUGGCGGUGGCGGCGGCGGCGGUGGCGGUCGGAGCGGCGGUAGUGGCGGCGGUGGUGGUCGGAGUGUAGGCCCCAGCUCGGGCCAGACCUCUCAGCAGCAGCAGCGUCCUCAGACGACCCAGCAGCUCCGUGAGUGGCUUGCUCAGCGUGGGACGUCGGGAGGCAGUGGUCGCUGUUCCUAUGUCAUUCGCACAGGUGAACGCAAGGGGCAGAAGUGUGGGAGGUUCCACACCCAGUACCGCUGCUUCUCCCGCCUUGACGACGCUUGGCGUGAGGAGAUGGGCGAGGAGGUUGAGCGCCCCCGCUGGGCUGAUCUGAUGAGGGCUGGUGUUGAUAUCUUUGCUCUUGAUUAUGAUGCUAUUAUUGCUGCCAUGUAUGCAUUGACUGUUAGUGCUGAGGGGGACUGUUACUUGUGUGUGCCGCCUGACCCAGGUAUAGAGCCCACUGCCCUAGGUACCAGCGAGUCUGCUCUCUCAGGUACUGUGCCUUCCGAGGCUACUCCCUUCGGUACACCCCCUCCUGCUAGCGAGUCUGCGCUCUCCGGUACUGCGCCCGCUGAGGCCUUGCACACCUUCACGCUUGACUCAGGUGCUUCCCGCUGCUUCUUUCGUGACAGUACUGAGCUCACUCCCCUCCCUGCACCAGUUCCAGUCUCCCUGGCUGACCCCUCCGGGGGUCCAGUUCUUGCACGGUCUACCACUGUGCUUCCCUGUCCGGCGGUUCCGUCUGGCUCGUUGUCGGGUUUCCACCUCCCCUCGUUCUCUACGAACUUGGUGAGCAACGCUGUUAUCCAGGAUCAGUGGGUUGACACCUUCACCCCUGGAGGACAGCGUGUGGCGAUCCUCACGUGCUCCAGGACUGGCCGUCACCUGGCUACGUUCACUCGUCAGCCGGGGUCGAGUCUCUACACACUGACCACUGUGUCUCCUCAGGUCGCUGCUGUUGGUCAGGUGUCUGCGUCAGGUCUAGUAGCCCACCCCUGUGAGUGUCGCUCCCUGUCGCACCAGACCCUUCUCUGGCACCACCGCCUGGGUCACCCCUCCUUGCCGCGCCUUCGUGGCAUGCACCGUCGUCACCUUGUGUCCGGUCUUCCCCGGUCUCUCCCUCCCCUCCCUGCCUCGCCUGCGCCGCCUUGCCUUCCUUGCGUCGAGAGGCGGCAGCGCGCCGCUCCUCACUCCUCUUCGUUUCCCCCGACCGAGGCUCCUCUGCAGACCCUCCACCUGGACGUGUGGGGCCCAGCCCGCGUCCGUGGACAGGGCGGUGAGCGGUACUUUCUGCUGGUUGUCGACGACUACUCGCGUUACACCACGGUCUUCCCCUUGCGCACCAAGGGUGAGGUCCCUGCUGUUCUGAUCCCUUGGAUCCGCACAGUUCGUCUCCAGCUCCGCCGCCGGUUCAGGACAGAGCUUCCUGUCCUGCGUCUGCACUCUGACAGAGGUGGUGAGUUCUCCUUCGACCUCUUGAGGGCCUUCUGUCAGGCGGAGGGCAUCGAGCAGUCCUUCACGCUUCCGGGCUCCCCGCAGCAGAAUGGGGUUGCAGAGCGCCGCAUUGGCCUGGUCAUGGAGGUCGCUCGUACCUCCUUGGUUCAUGCGGCGGCUCCCCAUUUUCUGUGGCCGUUUGCUGUCCGGUACGCUGCGCAUCAGCUCAACCUCUGGCCCCGUGUCUCCUUGCCGGAGACCUCGCCCACACUGAGUUGGACGGGGGAGGUCGGCGAUGCGUCGCGCGCGUCGGAGAUCGUGCCCUUGUCCGCGAUACUUCCGCGGACAAGCUCUCCUCCCGCACACUUCCCUGUGUCUUCCUUGGCUUUGUCCCUGACGCGCCAGGCUGGCAGUUUUACCACCCCACCUCGCGCCGGGUCUUCGCCUCUCAGGACGUCACCUUUGACGAGUCGGUUCCUUUUUACCGUCUCUUCCCCUACCGCACUGCCCCCCUCCCCCCCCCCCGCCGCUUUUCCUUGCUCCAGGUCCCCCUCCGGUAGACCCCCUUCCCCCUCAGGGUCCUGCUCCUUCAGGUGUCUCUCAGGUAGACCCUCCUCCCGUCGCUGA